GAAUAUACUCUUAGAUCCAGGACCUCUGCCUGGAAAGAAGGAAGGGGCACCGAUCGCUUCUGAGUUGGGGACAGGGCCACACUUGGGCCUGGUGAGUUCCAGGAGGCUGGCCCCAGCCUAGGGGCCUCCUGCGCCCCUUCCCUAGCUCCUGGGCAGUGCCCCUCUUGCAUUUCCCUGCCACUCCCCAGAAAGGGCUGGUUUCUGGGCAGGGAGUGUGGUGUCCGGGACAGUCUGCAGGUAGGAUGCAUCCUGGAAACCUCUGAGCUGCCACACCCAGAGAGAUGCCAGGACUCCUCUUGGCGUUCCUUGCCCUCUCUUACUCCCCUAGGACUCCCCACUCCCCACCUGCCUGUGCUGGUUAUGUAAUUAACCCAGCUGAGUCUCUCUGCCAUGCUGGUGGUGUCCAGGGAUGCCUAAGGGGCUUCGGACCUGGAGGGACAUAUAGGAAGGAGCGAUAGGUACUUCCCCCUAGUUGGGAGCCCAUGUAAGUGUAUAAACACCUGUUGGAGAAGGGACACUGCAUGGGGCAGGAAGGAGUUUAGGGUCCUAAUCUUAGUUAACUGACUGGCUAUGAGGUCUUCACUUCCCCAAGUCACUGGGUUUGUUUUGGAAUGUGUUUGUUUCUUAAAUCUUCAAUAAAAUGAGAAGAAUCUCUCACACACACUGCAUGCAUGUGAGCUCAUGCAACAGUAGAUAGCAAGCCCUCCUGGGAUUGCUAGGAGGUGCCAUUGCUAAAUUUGUGGGGAACUUAGAUGAAUGAAGGACCCCUGCCCAUAGCAGUGAUCACUGUUUAUUGAACACCUAUGCUGGCCUAGGCCCUGGGCUUUACAUGCACACAUCAUAACACUCUGUUAAAGUUUCUUGCCCAAGGUCACACUUCAGGUGAAUGGCAGAGCUAGGAAUCAAGCCCUAGUUGUUCUCACUCCACAUCCUGACCUUUAUUUACUAUGCUGUGUGCGCACAUACCCUGUGGAGUGAGUCCUCUGAACCAGGACAACCUGGGGGACAUUCAGCUACGGAUUGUGCAUGUGUGGAAAGGACAUGCAUCCGCAGAAAAGUACGCACCCAUGAGGAAAAGCAUGGCCUUGCCAGAAUCCAGCGAAUCCACCUGCCCUGGACGCAGUUAGCAAGUGCUGAUGUCACCCUCCUGGGAAUCCAGACAGGAGGUCUCAGUCCAGGUGGAGGCCGCAGAGGGCCCAGGGCAAGCAGAGGCAGCAAUGGUUGGUCCUGACGGUGGCUGAGCCCCCAGCCCCUGGAAUAUGCAGCCCGGGGGAGCCCCAGACAGCGGCAAGGACGAGGUGGCGGAGUGGGGCGGGAGGCAUGGUCUCCACCUACCGGGUGGCCGUGCUGGGGGCGCGAGGUGUGGGCAAGAGUGCCAUCGUGCGCCAGUUCUUGUACAACGAGUUCAGCGAGGUCUGCGUGCCCACCACCGCCCGCCGCCUCUACCUGCCUGCUGUCGUCAUGAACGGCCACGUGCACGACCUCCAGAUCCUCGACUUUCCGCCCAUCAGCGCCUUCCCUGUCAAUACGCUCCAGGAGUGGGCAGACGCCUGCUGCAGGGGACUCCGGAGCGUCCACGCCUACAUCCUGGUCUACGACAUCUGCUGCUUUGACAGCUUUGAGUACGUCAAGACCAUCCGCCAGCAGAUCCUGGAGACGAGGGUGAUCGGCACCUCAGAGACGCCCAUCAUCAUCGUGGGCAACAAGCGGGACCUGCAGCGUGGACGCGUGAUCCCGCGCUGGAACGUGUCGCACCUGGUGCGCAAGACGUGGAAGUGCGGCUACGUGGAAUGCUCGGCCAAGUACAACUGGCACAUCCUGCUGCUCUUUAGCGAGCUGCUCAAGAGCGUCGGCUGCGCCCGGUGCAAGCACGUGCACGCUGCCCUGCGCUUCCAGGGCGCGCUGCGCCGAAACCGCUGCGCCAUCAUGUGACACCUGCGCGCCCCGCGGGCUGCACCGGCACUGGCCGGGCGGAGGGUGGGGCUGUACUGCGGGGCUGGGGCGGGGAGCGGGCGGGAAAUGGAACUGUGACGGUUCCGGCCUGAGGCCCCUGCAGCCACGCAUCUCCCGGUGAGAAGCAAAGCGCGAGAGGGAGCCCCCAGUAACUGCUAAGCCCUGCCCCUUGCCCCCGUGGCUUCCUGGGACAGCCGUCUUCAGUGCUGUAUUUAGUGCAGUGCCCGGCCCGACCCGCGGGGGUGCCACAGCCUUUUGGGAUGGGGGUGAGCGUGCAAUGGAGGGUGGGGGUGGCGAGGUGCCGCCUUGGCCGGGCCCCCAACUGUCUUUUCCAGAAUGUGUCUGUCUUUGCCGGGUGUCUUCCUUUCCCAUGUCCACCCACCCAAGCGUCUGUUGGUCCUUACCUGUCUCACCCACCCUCCAGUCCCCCCUAGCUCCGCUCACAGGGCUCUCAUUUCGUCCAUCCCCUUGUCGCAGAUCCUGGCAGCUUCUUUGUGAGGCCAGGCCUUCUGACUGUCAGCACCACCGGCACAGGGCAGAGAUGCGGGUGGCCCAAAGACCACCAUCAAGGGGUCCGGGGGCUGAGGUCCCAGAUCAGUGAGGGGAGAAGGUUGAGCUCUCCGGCUUCCAGGGAGACCUCCCCGCCCAGCAGCCCCCAGAGACACAACAACCUACCUUCCAGCCUUAACUCGAUGGUCCGUCCCUGCCAGGUGCCCCUCACUCUUCCUGACCCCAAAGCCAGAUCACCCCCUGGGUUAAAACUUUUUUUUUUUUUUUUUUUUUGGACAGAGUGUGGAAAGGGAAUCCCCCAAAGGAUAGUUUCUUUUCCAUGAUGCCAGGUUCCAGUCUUCUAUUACCUCCUGCAUACUGCAAUCUGGUCUGUCAGACUGGGGAAUGUUAGGUUCUGGGGUCUGGUCGUGGGCAGGAUGGUGCCCAGAAGGGGGUCAGGUUGUCCCAGUGAAGAUUCUGUUGCCCCGUCUCAACCCCAUCUGACUACCCCAGACUCUGCCUGCCUCAGAUCUCAGACUAUCCUGAUUAAUCUGGGGAAGAACAGAGCCAGGGAAAGAAUGGUGGGGACCCCUGUGCUUGGGGGAGACACACCUGCAUCUUCCCCCCGCGGGCCCCAGAUGGAGGCCCUCAGGAUCUGACACCCUCUUGUCCCAACACCAGUCAGCCCUAUGCCCUAACUCACUCCGCCCCAUUUUCUCCGGCUGCCUGGCCGGGUUUCUACCUCUCGUCACCGGAGCUGAUCACUGUCAGUUUUGUACCGAUUUAGAAAUAACAAUAAUAGUGAAGAUUCUAGGAAUGGCAUAAGGGAUUGAUGCGGGAAUUGGAGGGAGGGAGAAGUGGUGCCCUGUCCCCUGCCCCCUGACCAAAGAAAGCUGUCCUUGAGGCUGAGCCCUCAGCCCUGGCCUGGUGGGAGGACAGCAGGGUCCCUUGUUAUAAGACGGGCAGAGAGGACAACUCCACUUUGGCCAACUUAGCCAAGGCUGCAGCAUAUAGACUAGGAAAUCAGGUAGCCCAGAGUGGUGAUGGAGCGGAGUCUGGGGGAAGGGUCGUGGGUGGGGAAUUUAUCACCAACAUCCAUUGUAGGGAGAAUCUAUGAUUCUGCUUCCCCAGCUGAUUCCCACUCUGUCCACCAAGUGGGGGUAGCACAGCCCCACAGCAACCGCCUUGACCUUGGGCAGUCUAGUGUUCCUGCGUUCUAGUCCCUGCUGUGCUGCAGGACUUCGGGCAAGUGACCUGCCCUCUGUGAGCCUCCCUCUGACACAGAGGAGGUGGCUCCCCUUCCCCACACCUUAGAGUGGCUGGGAGGGUAACAAAGAGGGCCUGCCCCUUAGUCUCCUGCACCCCUGUCUCCUGGUUCACCAGAGGGAGGGGAUGAGGGAUGGCAGCAUCUCACAUGCCCCAUCACCCCCAACUCUGAGGCACCUGAGGUGGGGGAGGGGGCCCAGGCCUCUGGCUGCUCCCCUGUGGGAGCCAUUGGAAUGUAUCCUCUGACAGGCCCCCUCCCGCCUCCACUUCAACCCAGGUCUUGGAUUUCAGGUCCCUCCACCCCCAUUCUGAGUCUCUGUCCUUCCCCUCCCACCCCCUCCCAGGGUUUCCCACCACAGGGUCUGGAAGUGUGUGUGACGCCCAUUGAGCUGUUAUCCGAAGUCAGAUUAAAAAUCAGGGAGUGUUUUCCCUCGUUUCUGUA